AUGGCCGAGAAGAGGAAGUGUUGCCAAUAUUGAACGGAAUACCUAAAAUUGGGAUUCAUUCCAUCUCCUUCCAACGCACAGUUUCUGUGUUGUACUCUUUGUGAGAAAUCAUUUUCAAAUGAAGCGAUGAAGCCUUCCCAACUGAAAGACCAUUUGGUGAAAAUUCAUUUGGAUAAAGCUGAGAAACUGGUAUCGUUUUUCCAAUCCUUAAAGGCCAAGAUUGAGGGUUGCAGCACUGUUGAGAAGUUAUUUGGAAAAUCGUCACUCAGCCCCAACAAGGGGCUCAUUUGUUCCUAUGAAGUAUCUUUGUUGAUAGCAAAAUGUGGCAAACCCCACACUAUUGGAGAAACACUGAUUUUACCAGCAGUAAAACAGAUUUUUGUCACCAUGUUGGGGCCCAGCGCAAGCACUGUCACACAAUCAGUUCCUUUGAGCAAUGACACUGUAUCAAAAAGAAUUGAUGAAAUGUCUUCUGAUGUGGAAGAAAGGCUUAUUGACACCUUGAAAAGUACAGAAUUCAUGAUGCAGAUUGAUGAGUCAACAAUUCAUGAAAAUGAAGCCUUGUUAUUGGCUUACAUCCGUUUCAUCAACGGAAAUGAAGAGACUGGGGAAGAACUGUUAUUUGCUCGAAAUUUAGCCACUGACACAAAAGGUUUUUUGAUAUUUAAAAAGGUUGAAUUUCUUAAGAAAAACAUCCCUUUGACAAACGUUGUGGCAUGUGCAACUGAUGGAGCUGCAUCCAUGGUUGGACAAUACCGCGGAUUUCAAGCUCAUCUAAAAUCGGUUGUACCGGGAGUUAUGACUGUCCAUAGCGUCAUUCAUAGACAGCACCUUGUCUCAAAAAAUUUGAGUGGCCGUUUGCACGAGUCCUUAUGUCACGUCAUUAAUGCUGUAAAUAAAAUGAAGUCAAGAGCCUUGAACAAUCGACUUUUUCACAAGCUUUGUUAAGAAAAUGACGAGGAGUUUGAAUGUCUCCUUUUGCACACUGAAGUAAGGUGGCUUUCAAAAGGAAAGUGUCUGUGGCGAUUCCAUGAACUUUUUGACACAGUUGUUGAAUUUCUUGAAUCCAUUGUUCCAAGUCUAAGCAGUUCUCUUAAACUUCGACAUCUGGAUGUAGCUUAUCUCGCUGAUGUUUUUGACAAGCUGAAUGAAGUGAACAUAAAGCUGCAAGGAGAUAAAAUCAAUUUUAUUAAGGCCAAAGAAGUAAUCUGCUCAUUUAUUUCCAAAUUGGACCUCCCUGCAAGCACUAUGAGUCACCAGGAGCUGUAUCAGUUCCCAAGCCUUGGUGCGGCUUCUAAACAAAGACACUUUCAAGGCAAGCUUCACGAUUAUCAAGUGACUCAGCAGGUGAUCACCCAUCCACAAGAGUCACAUAGCUCCUAUUUAACUGUCUCAAGAAUAACGGUCACAUUUUGGUCCAGCUCAGAACCAGUUUACCUGAGAGACUAUCUUCUCCUGAAUAGACCAUGA